CUAUUGCCCAUCCCUUACAUCAACCAACUAAGAUCUUUCCUCUGCCAACUUUUAUGGUCUCUUACAAUAUGAAUUCCCGUAUGAGUGUUCCUCUCCAUGUCAUUUUCCUCGUUGCUCUAACCCUGGCGCUGAUCUCUCUGUCUGUCGCCCAAGACUCUCCCCAAGACUACGUCGCCGCCCACAAUGCAGCCCGCUCCCAGGUCGGUGUAGGCCCAAUCACUUGGGACGAGCGAGUGGCUAGCUAUGCCAGGGAUUACGCCCAAAAGCACGCCAGGGAUUGCACGCGGCUGGUCCAUUCAGGCGGACCCUAUGGAGAGAACCUCGCGUGGGCUUCCCCUGAUCUCACCGGCACGAGAGCGGUGAACCUGUGGGUCGGGGAAAAGCCUGACUACAACUACAAUUCCAACUCAUGCGCGCCCGGGAAGGUCUGCGGGCAUUACACUCAGGUGGUGUGGCGCAACUCAGUUCGGGUUGGAUGCGCGAAGGCCCAAUGCGCGACUGGCGGUACUUUGGUGACUUGUAACUAUGAUCCUCCCGGGAACUAUAUAGGCCAGAAGCCUUAUUGAAUUACAAAAAGUUGUAUGUCGGACAUGAACUAUCGUGUCAAAAUAAUGCACCAUUAGGAUGAGGCAAGAGCUUUAAAUGGACCGACAUUAAAUAAAGUCGUAUGAGUUUUGAAGGUAAA